CUGAAAAGAGAAAAAGACUAUGGUAGCUUUUAGUAAGGCUGGUAAAGAGCAAAUUUUUGGGCAUCUACCGUACGKUGAGGCAGUUURCCGGUACGGAAGGGAAGCUGGAUGCAAUUUGUACGAUUCGAAACAACGUACCGUACGGUACAGCAACGUACUGUAGAGAAAUACUGGCGAGUUAAAAACCAUCAGGAACACCUCCUCGUUACAAUUAUUUUGAGAAAUCGGAAGCAAUCACCAUGAGCGGAAUCAACGAAACUUUGACUUUGAGAGGAACCCUUAAGGGACACGGAGACUGGGUUACUAGCCUUGCCACCACCCCCGAAGACCCCAACUUGUUGUUGAGUUCUUCUCGUGACAAGUCUGUUGUUGUCUGGCAACUCUUCAACGGAUCCACCCCUACCACCGUCAACGUUGAGGACCACGAAUAUGGAUUCGCCCGACGUGCCCUUCGUGGACACUCCCACUUCGUCUCUGAUGUCGUCAUCUCCUCCGAUGGUGCCUUUGCUCUUUCCGCUUCUUGGGAUAGUGAGCUGCGAUUGUGGGACAUUGCCACCGGAAAGACCACCCGUCGAUUCGUUGGACACGAAAAGGAUGUCCUCUCCGUAGCCUUCUCGGUUGACAACCGUCAGAUUGUUUCUGGUAAGUACGAAUUUCGAUCAUUACCAGAUAGCUGUGAACUMCAAUCUUCAUGACUUCUACGAUUGUUGUCGAAUACACAUUUGACUCCGCCAACUGCAUUUUCAUUCUAUCUCACAUAUUAUUUUCUGUUCUAUCAAAACCUUCAUCAAUCAAUAGGAUCCCGUGACGGAACCAUCCGUUUGUGGAACACCCUCGGAGAGUGCAAGUUCUCCAUCAGCGGAAACGGCGAAGGUCAACAAGGCCAGGGCCACACUGAAUGGGUCUCUUGCGUCCGAUUCUCUCCUUCCCAAUCCGUUCCUCUCAUCGUCAGUUCCGGAUGGGACAGACUUGUCAAGGUCUGGAACUUGAACAACUGCCAACUCCGAAACGACCUUUUCGGACACACCGGAUACUUGAACACUGUCUGUGUCAGUCCCGAUGGUUCUUUGGCCGCUUCCGGAGGAAAGGACGGAACUGCCAUGCUCUGGGACCUCAACGAAGGCAAGAGACUUUACAGUUUGGAUGCCGGUACCAUCAUCAACGGAUUGGUCUUCAGCCCCAACCGAUACUGGUUGUGCGCAGCAACCGAAGAUUCCAUCAAGAUCUGGGAUUUGGAAUCCAAGGUUGUUGUCGACACUCUUCGACCUACCGAGAUCGAAGGUGCCAAGAUCCCUGCAUGCACUUGCUUGGCAUGGUCGGCCGAUGGAUCCACUCUCUUCGCUGGAUACUCCGACAAUGUUAUCCGUGUCUACACUGUCACCCCUAGCUAAACUGUUUGAUUAUCAACGAGUAACGAUAAUUAAUUGUUUUACCGGAC